UCUUUCACGUUCUCUUCAAUUCAUCACCUCUUAAUUCUGACAAAUCUUAUACAUCUAUUUCUUAUUUCCCCUUUAAAGAUCCAAACUUUGGAUCUGCCAUUGCAAUCAAGGAGAAGAAAAAGAUCAAAUAACGAGCCAUGUUUUUCUUUGAUUGGUUUUAUGGGAUUCUUGCAUCUCUGGGUUUAUGGCAAAAAGAAGCCAAGAUUCUGUUUUUGGGACUUGACAAUGCCGGCAAGACUACCCUCCUACACAUGUUGAAAGAUGAGAGAUUAGUUCAACAUCAACCGACUCAGCACCCAACAUCUGAGGAAUUAAGUAUAGACAAAAUCAAGUUCAAAGCUUUCGAUUUGGGUGGUCACCAAAUCGCUCGCCGUGUCUGGAAAGAUUACUAUGCUAAGGUUGAUGCAGUGGUAUACUUGGUGGAUGCCUACGACAAGGAAAGGUUUGCAGAGUCGAAGAGGGAAUUAGAUGCCCUACUUUCUGAUGAGUCACUGGCCAAUGUUCCUUUUCUAAUUCUAGGCAACAAGAUCGACAUUCCCUAUGCAGCUUCAGAGGACGAGCUUCGUUAUCAUCUUGGGCUCAUCAAUUUCACAACCGGCAAGGGUAGGGUCAAUCUUACGAACUCCAGUGUUCGACCCCUUGAGGUUUUUAUGUGUAGCAUUGUUCGCAAAAUGGGAUAUGGUGAUGGCUUCAAGUGGGUCUCUCAAUAUAUUAAGUAGAGAUUGAAAGGAUUUGUUGCUCUACAUCUAGCUUCCUGCGCCUUUUUUUUUUUGCCUUGUUAGUGUACUGUUAAGCCGAAAACGAUAUUUUUUGGGUUAUAUGUGAAACUGGCAUCUUGCUUUCUUCGA